AUGUCGAAUCAGCUCAUGGUCGAGAAAAGGCGGCUGUCAUUUCGACGGGCCUUUGUUGCGUCUGGAAUGGUAACAAGUAUGCUACUUGCUGGAUCUGCGGAUGCAUUCGUGCGAGAUACCACAUCCAUGCGACGACAUUCCAUAAAUUUCGUAGAAUCGCCCUCCACCUUGGCCAUGUCAGCGGUUGCACCAGAAAAAUCCUCAGAGAAAUUCCGCACAAAGCCCGUAGUUGUAUCCGCUGAAGCCGAGCAACUGUCGCAUUCCGAAACUACUCUGAAGUUGACACCUAGUUAUGAACUCUUUCAAAUGUUGGCGGAAGAGGAAGGUGGAGAAAUGCCUGGCAGAAUCAGUGGAAAUGCUCUUAGGGAUGGAACUGUAUUGAAAGUUGGUCAACCCGAUGAACUAGAGGGAUUGCAACUGACCUCCUUCAAGGGAUGUGGUGGUAAGAUGUCCAUUGACACUCUUCCGGACCCCUUCAAGAUGGUUGAGAAGGAAUUGCAGCCAUUUUCUGAUUCCAUCAAGGAGCUUGUGUCAACAGACCAACCCGUCCUUUCCAUGGCUGCAAAGCACUUCUUUGAAAAGAGACACGGCAAGCGAUUCCGUCCAACAAUCGUACAGCUGAUGGCCAAGGCUGUCGCAGCUGCUACCCCUGAGAAAAUGUUCUCAGAUGAUGGUAAGCUUAUCGCAGUCGAAGGAUUGGAUGAGUCAGAUAUCGAACACACUGAAGGUGUUUCAGGCUGGGAGUGGAGUGGAGCCUCAAAUAUUGAAGUUGAAGGAGGAGUGAUCACACCUGAAAAUCACAAAGGAUCUGAAGUUUGGAGAAGACAAGCCCAAUUGGGACAAAUUGUCGAAAUGAUCCAUGUGGCCUCAUUGAUUCACGACGAUGUUUUGGACGAAGCCGACACACGAAGAGGCGGAGAAUCGGUCCACAAGCUUUAUUCCAACAAGGUCGCUGUCUUGGCCGGUGACUACCUCCUUGCCAGAGCUUCUGUUCUUUUGGCUCGCCUGGAAAACACUGCUGUUGUCCAAAUAAUGGCUAACGCUUUGGAAUCUCUGGUUGCUGGAGAGAUCAUGCAACUCAAGGCACCUGCCGAAUCCUUGUUGGAGAUGGAAACCUAUCUCCGCAAGUCUUACUACAAAACCGCUUCUUUGAUCUGCUACGCAUGCCGAUCUGCUGCGCUUCUUGGUGGCCAUGCCUAUGGAUCCACCGUCGCUACAGCAUGCGAAGAAUUUGGCUACCACUUGGGUCUCGCCUACCAAAUCCAAGACGAUAUUCUUGAUUUCACAGCAGCCGCCAAUAUCCUUGGUAAGCCUGCGCUAGCAGACAUGGACUUGGGUCUAAGUACUGCCCCAAUCCUAUACACUGCACAAGAAAACGAACACCUGCGACCACUGGUUAUGCGAAGGUUCAAGAAGAAGGGGGACAAGGAGACUGCAUUGAGAGCCCUUUAUGACAGUGACACUGCUAUGGACAAGGCCAAGGCGCUUGCUUUAUUCCAUGCACAGAGAGCUAUUGAUGCACUUUUGCGUCUACCACGGUCAGAAGCUCGCGAUGCUUUGAUACGCCUAACCCAUGCUGUCAUUACACGAAAAAAAUAA